UCUGCAGAGCCCUGGAUCCCUUCAAGUGUCCAAGGCCAGGCUGGACAGCGCUCGGAGCAGCCUGGGAUGGUGGAAGGUGUCCCUGCCCGUGUGUGAAAAACAGAAUCCACUGCUUAGAAUUUUGCGAGGUUUAAUAAUAAUAGGAUAAAAAAGGACAGUAUUUCCAGGGCUGGGGUGCUCCUGGCCCAGAGCCAAAGAACACCCCGUGUGUACAGACAGUGUUGUGUUUAUACUGUUACAUCGAUGCAUAUUCAUGUGUUUCAUGCAUAUGCAAACAUUCUUCUGAACUUCGGCAUGGUUUCGGAACUUCUUUGUUUGACUUCACCAUCCAGCAUUAUCUGCAUGGCGUCCUGGGUGUCAGGCCAAUGUAUUUUAUUUCUUCUUGUGUCUCCAUGCUGCUGUUUCGCGUCCCCUGAUAAGGAUUUCCUAUCUCCUCCUUACAUUUAACGUGGUAUUCUCUAAUUGUCCUCCCGUGCUCUGGUUUGUGUCAGCAUUAUCUUAUCGCUUGGGCAGGUUCGUCAGUGCAGGGCCGUACACUGGUUUUAGUUACACAAAAGCCUCUUUUUAUUUUUCUUUUUUUUUUUAACAUUUGAUGCUUUGCUAAGGUCUGUAACACAGUACAUCCAUCUCACUGUUAUUUCCAUGAGUGAUACACAGCUAUCACAUUGAUUACUCCACUAUAAGCAUCACAAUGCACGCCUGAGCUGAUAGGUUACAUUAUAUUAACAUGCAGCUGCAAAGAGUUGUCAUUGACACUUUUUCUAAAUAUUUGUAACCACACCACGCGUAGGCUAAUACAUAAAUGCAAAAGCCAGUAUUAUCUGGUCAUUUUCCACACAUGGCAGGGAGCGGGGCAAGAUGGGCUUGAAGGUGCCUUCCAGACCAAGCCAAGCCCUCCUGGCAUUGUGUGGUAGCCCUGUCCCCCCAGUCUUGUUUUCUGGGAAUGACCCUGGGAAAACGCUGAGGCCUGGCUGUGCCCUGCUUUUCCCAGCACCGCGGGAUGCUUGGGGCGCAGCUGCCGCAGGAGUGCGCCAGAGAGGGAGACUCGGCCGCCUCCGCGGGCAGCUGUUCCCUCACGGAAGGGAGCUGUUCCCCAUGGAUGCGGCUGCCUGUGGGGGCCAUCAUGGGAAGCAGCUGCGUGAUGUCCCUUCCCGCCUGCCCCUACAGUGGGGACACCCAGAGGAAGGGCGGCACUGCGGUGCCAGGGCUGUGGAAUGCCGGGAAUGCCCGCGAUCCUCAGGGAAGAGCUGCUCGGCUUCAUUCUCCUUUAUUUAGUUCCCUGUGUCCCUUGGGACAGUAAGCCUCUCCCGGCGCCCCCGCCCGCCGCCCGCAGUGGUACAGCCCGCCGGCGCGCCCCGAUUGCGUCACGGCGCGUCGCCCGCGCCACCCGGAAGCGCUUUGGCGGCGGCGGCGGCGGAAAAGCGGCGCGUGCGGCUGGUUUUGUUUGUGGCUGGACCCGCCGCGGGGGCUCGUACGCGCCUCCCGCGGGGGCCUCCGCUCGCCGUCCCACGAUCGGACCCAUGGCCUUCAACUUCAGCGCCACGGCGGGAGCCGGGGCCGCCAACCCGACCGGAUUUGGUGGGCUCGAAGCCGCAAACUCCACUGCCAGUGGGUUUAAUUUUGGGGGUUUCGGACUAGCCGCUAAUCCCGCGGUGAAUUUUAAUAUUGGGAAUUUCGGUGUUUCCACUACCUCAACUCCGCCUUUCAAUUUUGGUAACAGUCUGGCAAGCGCAGGUGCCUUCGGAGGCUUUGGGACCACCACCACCAGCGCGGCACCGGCGUUCAGCUUCUCUGCUCCCACCAACACCGGCACCGGCGGACUCUUUGGUGGUACCCAGAACAAAGGCUUUGGAUUUGGUACCAGUUUUGGCACAGGAACUGGAACUGGCUUGGGUAGUGGGUUGGGAACUGGGCUAGGCUUCGGAGGCUUUGGAACCCAGCAGCAGCAGCAGCAGCAGCAGACCACGUUAGGCACCGGCUUGUUCAACCAGCCUGCCCAGACACCCGCUCAGUCCAACCAGCUCAUCAACACAGCCAGCGCCCUCUCGGCCCCGACGCUGCUGGGAGAUGAGAGGGACGCCAUUCUGGCCAAGUGGAACCAGCUGCAGGCCUUCUGGGGCACGGGCAAAGGGUACUUCAACAACAACAUCGCUCCGGUGGAGUUCACGCAGGAGAACCCCUUCUGCCGGUUUAAGGCUGUGGGUUACAGUUUAAUGCCCAACAACAAAGAUGAAGAUGGCCUCGUGGUCCUGGUGUUUAACAGAAAAGAAGCAGAUAUUCGAAGCCAGCAGCAGCAGCUCGUAGAAUCACUACACAAAAUUCUGGGAGGAAACCAGACCCUCACGGUCAAUGUCGAAGGUGUUAAAACGAUGCCCGAUGACCAGACAGAAGUGAUCAUUUACAUUGUGGAGCGCUCACCCAACGGCACCUCGAGGAGAGUCCCCGCAACGACCCUCUACGCCCACUUUGAGCAAGCCAACAUCAAAUCAUCCCUGCAGCAGCUGGGGGUCAGCCUGUCCAUGGCCAGGACAGAGCUGUCCCCGGCACAAGUCAAGCAGCUCCUGCAGAACCCUCCUGCCGGUGUUGAUCCUAUUAUAUGGGAACAAGCCAAAGUUGAUAAUCCUGAUCCUGAUAAGCUUAUUCCUGUGCCAAUGGUGGGUUUCAAGGAGCUGCUGAGAAGAUUGAAGGUCCAGGAUCAGAUGACCAAACAGCAUCAAACCCGAUUAGAUAUAAUAUCAGAAGAUAUCAGUGAGCUGCAGAAAAACCAAACGACAACUAUGGCAAAAAUCGCACAAUACAAAAGGAAACUGAUGGCGCUUUCGCACAGAACCUUGCAGGUGCUAAUAAAGCAGGAAAUCCAAAGGAAAAGUGGUUAUGCCAUUCAAGCAGAUGAGGAGCAGCUUCGUGUACAGUUGGAUACAAUUCAGUGUGAGCUUAACGCACCCACACAGUUCAAGGGCAGACUGAAUGAGCUCAUGUCCCAGAUCAGGAUGCAGAACCACUUUGGAGCGGUGCGGGCUGAAGAGCGCUAUUACAUAGAUGCAGACCUCUUAAGGGAAAUCAAGCAACACCUGAAGCAGCAGCAAGAAGGGCUGAGUCACCUCAUCAGCAUCAUCAAAGAUGAUUUGGAGGACAUCAAGCUAAUAGAACACGGGCUGAACGAGAGCAUUCCCAUCCGAGGGGGAGUCUUCAGUUGACUGGUGGAGGUUUACACAGAACAUGGUAGUGGAGUUCAUGGCUCACCUUCCAAGGCUAAAACUGUUGAGGUAAAAUAAAACACACAUCUUGUAGGAGCAAAAUGGUAUUUUGUCUGUUACUUUUAGAAUUAGCAAAGCCUCUUCUAAGCUUUUAAAAUUGACCUUUGGAAGGUUUAUAUUUUUUAAAGCUGUAUAUGCUUUAACAAAACAAGGAAAACUGAAUCUGUUCAGAUACCAUUUUACUAUAAAAGUAUAUGUACUAUUGUACAUUUUUUUCCUUUUUUCUUCUUUUUUUACAACAGCAUUGUCCUAAAAAAUGCAGUGCUGAGGGGAUUGUUUCACUAAUGACUCGGUUUGUGGAAAGCUUAGCCUGCUUCCAUGUUUCUGUCAGAACAAUCAAGUAGCACCAUUGUGUAAACAGCUAACUUAAAUCAUUACAGAGAUGUUUGUUACUGUAACUUUGUUGUUCUCUGCAAUACCAGUCGAUUACUGGGGCAAGCUGCUGAAAGUUCAUGUUUCCAGUUCCUGUCCUUCCGUUGGACUGCAAGGAUCUGAGGGUUACGUUUGGAUCACUUUACGUAUAUGAAUUAUACAAAGCUUUGCUGCCCCUCUAAGUAACAGUAUGUCCGGACGUUGUCUUCUGCCUUUUUUUAAAUUGCCCAAGAGUAAUAAAUUCAGUCUGACUUUGUAA